UCCGAGGAGACCAAUGAGGAGCUCAACAGACCCAUAACCCCCCACGAGCUGAAAGCUGCCCUGCUGGGAAUGCAGGGAGGGUGCGCCCCCGGUAUCGACGGCCUCCCCGCUGAAUUUUACAAGUACUGGGAUGUCCUCGGUGGGGACAUCCCAGUACUUCUUGUAUGGUUUUUAAUGAGAGUCUGGCCUCUGGUUCCAUGCCGAUGUCCUGCCGGAGGGCAGUAUUAACCCUACUGCCUAAAAAAGGAAACCCGCAGGACAUCGGUAACUGGCGCCCUGUGUCUCUGCUGUGUGUGGAUUACAAGCUUCUGUCCAGGGUCUUCGCCUCCAGGCUGAGGGGAGCUAUGGAGCAGGUCCUCCAUCGGGACCAGACCUACUGUGUGCCCGGCAGGUCCAUGGUGGACAACGUCCACCUCAUUCGGGACGUUUUGGAGGUCUCCAGCUCAUUGGCAGUUGGUGGAUGCAGUGGGGCCGACGCUGACCGACCCCCCGGCCCUGGGCUCCCUGCUGGGUCUGCAUUCCGACCGGGUGGCGAGGAGGCUCCUGGAGCUGUGGAGGCAGAGGCUGACCGGGUCGGAGAGGAGCCUCCUCAACGACUACAGCCAGCAGAGGACAGAGCCGGACCCUGCAGACCCCUUCCCAGAAAUCUCACUCAGCCCGGGGCUAGGGGGACUCACCGGCCCCCUGCUCAGGACAACCCACCCAGAAAACUGCACACUGAACAAGGCAGACAAGAAGACUUUGUAUUUUAACCUCGUGAAGAGCACCAACAGGUCCGGACUGUGCAACAGACCGCCCACUGUGUGGUCAGAGAGACUUGGGCAUGGAGGCCCUGGCCCGCAGUGGGGGGUCCUAUACAAGCCUCCCCUGAAGAAAAGGACCGCUGACCUCCAGUGGCGGAUUUUACACGGUGCUGUCGCAUCCAACGCUUUCAUUUCAAUAAUUAAUCCCGCUGUCCUGAGCCAGUGCCCCUUCUGUGACCUCCGGGAGACUAUCUACCAUGUUUUUAAUGAGUGUAAGAGACUUUUGAGUUUCUUCUCUCUUUUAACAUUGGUUUUUAGUCUUUUUAAUGUGGUUUUAACAGAAAAGAUUUUUAUCAUGGGAGCUGCCUACAAAAAAACGGAAAAAGAAAAGUGGCAGCUCUUAAAUUUUCUGUCAGGCGAAGCCAAAAUGGCCAUUUAUUUAACCAGGACAUCCUGGGUGGAGAACAGAGAGGGGCAGGAGGCCAGGGCAGUGUGGCUCUGCAACAUCAGAGCCAGACUCUGGCUGGAGUUCAGGUUUUAUAAACACAUUGGAGACCUGGAUGCUUUUAAACAACGGUGGUGUUUUAAAGGUAUCGUUUGUUCUGUGGUGGAGGAGCUGGUGUUUGCACCACUUUUUAGUAGGUAAAACAUGUUUUUUUGUUUGUUUUUAUUUUAAACAACCUCAUUUUUUAAAGCAAUUUAUUUGUUAAAGAAUCUGUGUAAAGGCUGAAAAAAUGAGAAUAAAGUGUUUUUCAAAAAUCAAAAAAAAUCUCUUUGUCGCUUACU